AUGAAGGAAAGAGACUUUAGCUCUACAUCUAUUCUGGCUAUCAAAGAAGAGUUAGAGGUAAUCAAGGUUUCCCUUGGCGAAAUCCGUAGAUCGGUUGGUGACCAUCUUAACGAGCCCGUUGUUUCUCUCCAUGGUGCCUCCAUUAGUGAAGCAAAGGCCUUGACGAUUGGGUUCUUGGAUUGUCUAGUACAAUAUUCCACGGAAACGCUUCCAGAUCUCUACAGGGCCGUUUAUCAAAUCCAGGCUUUGACGACGCGUUAUGAGCACCCCUUCGAAGUCUUCAUUGGGCACAAAGGCUUAUUUACAAAUACAAGACGGCCUCUCACGGUCACACUUGGAGCGCUAAGGAAUACGGAAUUACUGCCGCUGCGCUGGGCGCCCUUACCAUUGGAGUUACAACGCGUCCGCUUGCCAUCGCUACACGGACGGUCAAAGUUGCUGCUUACAGCGACGGUCGCUGGUGUCAGAGGUAUUGGUGGUAUUUAA